AUGCCCCAGUCGAGGGAAGAAAAACUCCGGAAAAAAAGGGAAGCUGAAAAAAAAAGAUACGAAAGGCUUAAGCAGGAUCCUGAAGGGAGAGAAAAGUUGAGGCAAAAAGAGCGUGAUCAGUAUUCCAAAAAAAAGGAGAAUAAUAUAGUUCAACCCAUCAGUGAGCUAAGCAAAAGAGACCAACGUAUGAAAAGAAAACAAUGGCGCAAAAACUCUACAACUUAUAGAUUAAGAAAAAAGCAAACUGAAAAUGAAAAUCAUUUUCUGGAAGAAAAUACUCCACCACCUAGUCCCGUUCGUUUGGAAAACGUAAAUGAUGUUCCAAGAGAUACACCACAAAGUAUUUUAGGAAGACGUUUAGCAGCAAAAAAUCGGAAAAUAAGGAGCAGAAGGUCCAAGGAGAAAAAUGAACUUAUAGAAAAACUUAAAAAAAAAAUCACAAAAUACAAAGUAAAAUAUCACAGACUAAGGAAUCUGACAAAAGAGAAGCGCACUAAGCGUGAAGUUCAACUUUCUCCGAAAACCAGAGUAAACGAAACGAUGCGUGAGAAUCAAAAUCCAGAUAUUAUCAAGAAACUUUUAUUUGCUGAGGUCGUAAAGGAUCAAUUAAAGACAAAUUACAAAGAAUUGAAAAGCGCAGAGAUAAUAGAAGAGUUUGAGAGCAAUAUCAUAAAGUAUCUGAAACACAGGGGCAGGGCUCGUCACCAAUACAAAAGGAUCACAAAAAUGAAAGAGGAACUAAAGAGUAAUGAGGCAUUAAUCCAUAUGGAUUUUAGCGAAAAUUAUAAUUUAAAGUAUGCGGAAGAAGUUCAAUCUUUCCAUUUUGGAGGGUCCAGACAGCAGAUAUCACUCCAUACUGUCGUUUUGUAUACAAAAUCUGGUGAAGAACUGAAAAAAGAAUGUUUCUGCACUUUAUCCGAAUCUCUUCAACAUAACGUACCUGGAAUAUGGGCACACUUAGAUCCUAUUUUAAAAUACAUUGAAGAAAAUUACCUUGUUGACACUUUGUAUUUUGUUAGUGAUAGCCCGGCGACGCAAUACCGUAAUAAAACGAUGUUUUAUUUUCUUGCUGUUGAACUCCCAAGUUUGUAUACAAAAAUUAAGAAUUUUUCCUGGAACUACUUAGAGGCCGGUCACGGAAAAGGUGCUCCAGAUGGCAUUGGUGGGGUCACUAAAAGAACAGCGGAUCGACUGGUAGCUCAAGGCAAUGAUAUCGCAUCUUUUGAUACCUUAGUAAAUGCACUUUCUAAAAAUGUUAAGGGCAUUAAGUACCUGACUAUUGACUCUAGCGAUAUCGCCAAACUAUCAGAACGGCUAGAGAACAAAGAAUGUCCAAAUUUCAAAGGAACUAUGAAAGUCCAUCAGGUAAAAAAAGCUGUACAGCUUAAUUUUUAUUCACUAAGUUCUUUGGGAGAAAAUGACUCUGCGUUAUAUCUUGGUUCACUGAUCUACAAGUCGACAAGUAUAUCACCUCUAGGUGAAGCUUCAAAUACAUCCUCAUUCGAUGAAGACAUGCCACUUACAUCACAAAAAUCUGUGACCCAAAAAGAAAUUCCUCAUAUAAAGCUUAAUUUUAUUGACGUUUAUUCAGAUGAUGAAGAAGCUGGUCCAAGUGUCAAAAACAAGGGGGAGCUGAGUUGCCAAAAUAUUAGAACUGGAACAUAUUUAUUGGUUCAAUUGAAAACAAAAAAAAUUUGCUACAGAUAUGUUGCUGUUGCGCAGAAUGAUAUAGAAGAAGACGGUGAGGUACGAGUUAUGUAUCUAAGAGUUUGCAAACUAAAUAAGAAACAGGUCUUUAAAAUAGAUGAAAACGACAUUUCCUAUGUGAGAUAUGAAGAUAUUACAUCCAUAUUGCCCUCACCAAUUAUAAUUUCUCAUAAAUGCAUACAGUAUUAUCAGUUUGAAAAAGAUAUUGAUGUUUUUGAGCAAGGAACGGGCAAAUUGUCAAAAAAUGUUUAA